CAGAAUCGGAUCGCAUAGGUGUGAAUACCCAUGCGAUCCGAUUCUAGUGCAACCCAAAAAAAGGGUCCUGCACGUUUUUGCAUGUCCUUGCUGGCAGUAAAGAGAUCUGUGUUGUUUACACACAGGUCCAGGGGUGGACUGACAACUCAUGGGGCCCCCGGGCAAUAGGGGAUCAUGGGGCCCCUGUGUCCUUGCCCAAACUCGAAAAAGCCUAUGAAAAAGGUACCAGGGGCAUCUCAUGGGGCCCCCUACUGACCCCGGGCCCUCGGGCAGAGCCCGAGUUCCCAAAUGGUCAGUCCGCCCCUGAUU